AAUUCAAACUGGGCAAAACACAGAGAGUACAAAAGGACUCUUGGACCACCAACAUUCCAGAAUCCUCACAGCAACUCCACGCCACCAUGGCUCUAGACCUGAACAUUCCUCCAACAGCUGAUGAAGAAGAUGACCCUUUUGGGGGAUGGAGCAGGACCACCCACCACCUGCUGGAGCACCCACCACCUGCUGGAGCACAACCCAUGGGAGAUGGAGAUGGAGCAGCUUCUUUUGACCUCAACAUGGCUAUGUAUGACCCAGAUGAAGUGGAUGGCUUCAAUGCCCCUGCAGCACCAGCAACCUUUGUUUCAAACAUGGAUUUCGAGCAAGAGGAGGCAGAUGAGGACACCGAUGUGUAUGCGGUCGAUUUUCAUGUCAGCUUCGCCGAAGACGAGCUCCAAUGGUCCACUGAUCAUGGCAAUCAAGCUUCUGCGUUCAAUGCCGCCGAUGAUACAGCCACCUUUGAUCUCAACUUUGCCUUGGACGAAGAGGCGCUCGACGGGUCCAGUGUUGCUGAAAAUAUUGAUCAAGGCAGCCAAACUGAACAUGCCGCCAUGGUGAACAAAAGGAAGAAUUUGUCAGACAACGAAAGACAAGCAAUUUAUGAAGCUUUACUUCUCCGAAGCGUGAAUGGCAAAUUGAAAAGAAGGACCACCACGAUAGUAGCCCAUUUGUUCAAUAUUAAUAGGUGCCAUGUGCAAGCUAUAUGGAGGACAGCGAAGCAGUGCCUUGCUGCAGGUGUACCAGUCGAUGUAUCAUGCAAAAGGAAAAAGAAUUGUGGUCGCUAGAAGGUUGCCAUUGAUAUGUCUAGAAUUGCAACAAUACCUUUGAACAAAAGGACCACUCUUAGGGCUUUAGCUCAUGAACUAGGUGUGAAUAGAUCAACGCUGCACCGCUUGUUCAAACAAGGCAAGAUACGUCGACACUCUAACACUCUCAAGCCAUAUUUGCGAGAUGACAACAAGAAGACACGACUGCAAUAUUGUCUAGGUAUGCUACAUGCAGGUACAUUGCAGUUUAUUGAUAUGAGAAACAUUAUUCACACAGAUGAGAAAUGGUUCAACACCACCAAAAAAGCAAAGAGAUUCUACAUGCUGCCCGAGGAAGAGGAUCCAUUAAGAACAAUUCAUAACAAGAAUUCUAUUCCUAAAUGUAUGCUCCUAUGUGCUGUAUGUCCACCACGCUAUAAUGCUGAAGGGCAAUGCUACUUUGAUGGGAAACUAGGCAUAUGGCCCUUUGUGAGACAGGAACCAGCGCAAAGAGGCAGCAAAUAUAGAGACAAGGGUACUCCAAUCACAAAACCAAUCAAUGUGACAAGGGAUGUUCGUAGAAGCUACCUUAUCACAAAGGUUCUUCCAGCUAUUGUUGCAAAGUGGCCCAUCGAAGCUAGAGGAGAGACAAUCUGGAUCCAACAAGAUAACGCACGCACACAUAUAGAACCAAAUGAUGAGGUAUUUUGUCAAGCAGUUCGCCAAACAGGG